AUGGAUUCAGCCCUGCAUGCCUUCCGGAUGCAUGGCGCUUCCUUCUAUCACUGGACGAGCUACGUAGUCUAUGUCAUAUACUCGUGUCUCUUCUUUGCCUGCGAAGUGAUCGCGGGUGUGCUUGAAAUACCAACCGAUGCUCCGCAGUACGACGCGCUUACGCAUCAGGCCAACUGCACCACCACCUACGAGGAGUGGCUGCCCAUUGCCUCCACGCUGGACGACAUGGACGGCUUUCAGAAGUGGCGCACCGACGAGGCGUCGACCUACUUCUCUUUCGAGGGUGUGAUGCGGACGAUAGAAGAGCUGCUGGAGCUGCGCAGCCUCGAAAGUGCGGAGGCACUGCUGGACAAUCUCCAGAAGCAUGUGCACCGCUCCCUCUACGGCAUCAGCCACCGUCGGUUGUACCUGUACAAAACCGGCACCAAGACGGUCAUUCACUCGUAUAACUCCCUCGUUUGUUUUCUCCUGGGCCGCGUAGGUGAGGCGGCGCGGGCUAACCAACGGAUGGCCGUCCGCACACGAGAGGUGCUCUCGGAGAUGUCUCGCGUUUACGGCUCCACUGCACUCCUGUUGCAGGGUGGCGUGCUUGCGUCAUCGGCCCACUUUGGUGUGGCAAAAGCGCUGUAUGAGGCCGGCCUGCUCCCCCCUGUCGUGUACGGCAGCGGCAGCGGCGCGCUAGUGGCGACGCUUGUGUGCUGCUCCACCGACUUGGCCUCGCUGUUUCACAGCAGCAGCGACGGUAACAGCAUCGCGGAGGCGAAUGCACUCCUGGGCGCGUCCACCGCUGAUUCGCGGUGGAAGCGCUUCCACCGCCUGCUGCACACUGGCGAAGUCUGCGACCCCGUUGCCCUGGCCGACUUCUUACAGAGAAGCAUCGGUGACGUGACCUUUGCCGAGGCGUACGCACGAACUGGGCGUGUGUUGAACAUCCCAUUUGUGUCCGCGUCGCCCGCCAUGCCGCGCAGAAACGCUGGUGUGGACGUUCAGCUGCUGAACUAUCUUACGUCGCCCGACGUGCUUGUUCGCUCUGCGGUGCUCUACGCCAUAUGCCCGGUCGCUGCGGUGCAUCCCGCCUCGUCGUCCUCUUAUGCGCCGCCGGGCGGUGCAGCACCACCAACGCACACGCUACUCGCACGGACACGACUGAUGAGCACCGUUGUCGCCUACGAGCCCCCCGUGGUGCAUCAAAGCUACGCCUGCUCCUCGGGCGACCACGUCGGCUACGGGGUGCUGGAUCCGGUGCAGCGGAUGAGGGGCCUCUUCUGCAUACGGUUUUGUGUCGUGUCGGAUGCGUCGGUGCGUGGGUAUCUAUGGCAUCUGUUGCACCAGAGCGCCUACGGGGACGGACUUCGGCAACGUACGCGUUUGUGGGACUGGGCACGCUACACGUUUGUCCUGUGCUUGCUCGGGCUGGCGCAUGUAUUUCUGCGUCUGCUGGCGUGGAUGGGCUACGACGCCAUUGCCGCACCGUCGCCGACUUCCAUGCGGACUUUCUUCGAAGAUGAUGCCGGCGAGAACAUGCGCAUGCACCCAAUCUCGAGCGUGUGGUUGUAUCUGCGGCUGUGUUACAGUCCGACAACGGCGAACAUGCAGGCACUGGGCCUGGAAGGGGAGCGGCAAGUAUGGCCGAGGCUGGAGCAACUGCGCAUGUCCAUCUCAGUCGAACAAGUUCUGGCGGCCACGUUGAAGCGGCUUCCCGCUUACAGGUGA